CUCAACUCUUUCGUUUCCCACCAUCGAAAGGAAGAAAAACCAAAACCCACCACCUUACAAAAAAAUUCCUCUGGUCACGCCAACUCGCAACUUCACCAGCAGCCUUCACAAGUUAUCUCGCGCGGCAAAACCCAUUUUUUGACUCUGUAUUUCUCUGCUGCAUUAAAUACUCUGCCCCCAUCUCUGUUAGCUGCUGCAGCUGAGAAAGAGAGGAAAAAGGAAAGAAACCCGAAAAAUUAAAUCAUGGGUUUGGCUUUACUUGUUGCGGUGCUCAUCAUCAUCAAUUUGAGCGGCUCAGCUCUCUGCGACGAUGGCGCAAAUGGCGCUUCGUUCAUCUUUGGCGAUUCUCUGGUUGAUGCUGGCAACAACAACUUCAUCUCCACUCUGUCCAAGGCCAACAUUCGGCCUAACGGGAUCGAUUUCGCGGCGUCCGGUGGGAGUCCCACCGGCAGAUACACCAACGGGAAGACCAUCAGUGACAUCGUCGGGGAAGAACUUGGGCAGACGAACUACGCACAGCCGUUUCUAGCACCCAACACCACCGGAAAGGCGCUCCUCUCAGGGGUCAACUAUGCUUCCGGCGGCGGAGGGAUCAUGAACGCCACCGGAAGAAUAUUCGUCAACAGGCUGGGCAUGGACGUGCAAAUCGACUACUUCAACAUCACGAGGAAGCAGCUUGAUCAGCUUCUGGGAACAUCCAAGGCCAGGGAAUUCAUCACCAAGAACUCCAUCUUCUCCAUCACCGUCGGAGCCAACGAUUUUCUCAACAACUACCUCCUCCCUGUUCUGUCCGUCGGCGCCAGGAUUUCGCAGAGCCCUGAUGCUUUCAUCGACGACAUGAUCUCCCAUUUGAGAGGUCAACUCACUGUAAGAUUACCCGUGAAAAGUGAUUUAACUAUAAAUUGGUACGUUGAGUUUUCUGGCUCUGUUUUACUCUGUUUUUUUUCUUCUUUCCGGCGGUGGCAGAGGCUUUACCAAAUGGACGCUCGGAAGUUUGUGAUUGGCAACGUUGGGCCGAUUGGAUGCAUUCCGUACCAGAAGACGAUAAACCAGUUGAAGGAGAAUGAGUGUGUGGAUUUGCCGAACAAGCUUGCGCUUCAGUACAAUGGCAGGUUGAAGGAUUUGCUUGCGGAGAUGAAUGACAACAUGCCUGAUGCCGUGUUUGUUCACGCCAAUGUCUACGAUUUGGUCAUGGAGCUCAUCAGCAAUUAUGGCAAAUACGGAUUUACGACGUCAAGUAGGGCAUGUUGUGGAAAUGGAGGGCAAUUCGCUGGGAUAGUUCCAUGUGGACCAACAUCAAGUAUGUGCGCAAAUCGUUCGAAGCAUGUGUUUUGGGAUCCAUACCAUCCGAGUGAGGCUGCCAAUGUGAUCAUCGCUAAACAACUUUUGGAUGGAGACACUAAAUACAUCUCUCCCAUGAACCUUAGGCAGCUAAGAAACCAUUGACCAAUUGCAUGAAAGAAGAAGAAGAAUAAGAAGAAAAAACUACUUUGGCAUUGGAGUAAAUAAUUGUUUCUGGGUCUUAAUUUGUGUGUGUGAAAUUGGAACUGAUGGUGCGUGCAUGAGUGUUUUAGUUUCAUAAGUGGGAUUUGUAUGUUUUUAUAGGUUAUUUUGUUUCUUAUUUUCCUCUGUUGAACAACAACCGAGUUACUUUUAUCUCUUAUAAUUUAUUUCCAAU